CAAAGCGUUACCAAUAGAAAGCGAGAAGCCUCAGGGCAAGGGAAUAGCGGCCCGCUCCUUUUCUCAUCCCGCUUGACUCCGCUCACUUCGAAGCCGGCGCUUUAAAUCCCCGACGGGGAGGGGGCGAAGGCGGGCUCUGAUUGGCCGGCGGGAAGAGGAGGCUGAGCCCAGAGAGCCCUCGCCUUGCAUCAGCCGGGUGGUCCGGCGCGUGCUGCUGCUUUCUCCUGCUGCUCCUCUUCUCCUCAGGAUGGAGAAGCCCGGCGAGAGCCGCAAUGGCUACCUGUCCGGCGCGGAGGAGGAGGCAGAGGCGGCGGGAGUGGGGCCGCCUAGUUUGCGGAGGCGCCUGCGGGGCUUGGGGCGCUUCGUGCGGCGGCACUGCCUGGUGCUGCUGACGGUGUCCGGGGUGGUGGUGGGCGUGGGUCUGGGGGCGCUGGUGCGGCGGCGGGGCGCGCCCCUCUCGGCGGCGCAGGUGGCCUACCUGGCCUUCCCCGGGGAGAUGCUGCUGCGCAUGCUCAAGAUGGUCAUCCUCCCGCUGGUGGUCUGCAGCCUGGUCUCCGGCGCCGCCAGCCUGGACACGCGCUCGCUGGGCAAGCUGGGCGGCAUCGCGCUGGCCUACUUCCUUCUCACCACGCUCUUCGCCGCCGCCCUCGCCAUCGCCCUGGCCUUCAUCAUCAACCCGGGGCUGGGCGCCACCGCCCUCAGCAGCCAGCAGCUCGGCCUGGACCAGGACCUGGCCGCCGGCAAGGAGACCGUCGACUCCUUCCUCGACUUGGCCAGGAACUUGUUUCCGUCAAAUCUCAUCGCUGCAGCCUUUCGAUCGUAUGCUACUGACUAUAAAGCAAUAGUUAGAAAUGCAACUACUGGAAAUGGUACAAUUGAAAAGUAUAUCAUAGAUUAUAAAGCAGCAAUAAAUGCUAAUCUUGGGAAUGCCACCAUUGAAAAGUUUCCAGUUGGAACUGAGACUGAAGGGAUGAAUAUCCUGGGACUUGUCCUUUUUGCUCUGGUUUUGGGGGUAGCCUUGAAAAAGCUCGGUCCUGAAGGGGAGGAACUCAUUCGUUUCUUUAAUUCAUUCAAUGAAGCCACCAUGGUCUUAGUGUCCUGGAUUAUGUGGUAUGUUCCUUUUGGCAUUAUGUUUCUUGUUGGAAGCAAGAUUGUGGAAAUGGAUGAUAUUGUCGUGCUGGUGACAAGUCUUGGAAAAUAUAUUUUUGCUUCAAUUCUGGGCCAUGUUAUCCACGGAGGGAUCGUUUUACCACUUAUUUACUUCGCAAUCACACGCAGAAACCCUUUCAGAUUCCUGUUAGGACUUAUAACACCACUUACAACUGCCUUUGCUACUUGUUCCAGCUCUGCAACUCUUCCGUCAAUGAUCAAAUGCAUUGAAGAUAACAAUGGAGUAGACAAACGAAUUAGCAGGUUUAUUUUGCCCAUUGGUGCAACUGUUAACAUGGAUGGAGCUGCAAUUUUCCAGUGCAUAGCUGCUGUCUUUAUUGCUCAACUGAACAACUACAGUCUCAAUAUUGGACAGAUCUUUACCAUUCUUGUUACUGCAACGGCAUCCAGCGUAGGAGCUGCUGGAAUCCCGGCUGGAGGAGUCCUAACCAUAGCUAUUAUCUUGGAGGCCAUUGGACUUCCCACUAAUGAUAUUUCUCUCAUAUUGGCAGUGGACUGGAUUGUGGACCGGACCACCACAGUUGUGAACGUAGAAGGGGAUGCCUUUGGGGCUGGUAUCCUUCACUACCUGAAUGAAAAGGAAACGAAGGAGAAGCAGGCAGAACUGAGUGAAGUCCAUGUGGAAGCUGUUCCAAAUGUCAAGGCUGAGGGGGAAACAUCACCUUUGGUCAUGCACCAGAACCAGGAUGUGUCAUCUAGCAGUCUAUCGGCAAGCACGAAAGAUGUUGAAUCAAAAGAAUCAGUCCUAUGAAUGUGAAGGAUGGGGGAAGGGGGACACCCUGCUGACCCUGCAUUGUAUUUUGUACUCUGAGCAGGUACUGUUUGGCCAUUUGGAGUUCAGCAGAUACAUCCUUUUCCUUCUUGGGUGGUAGGGGACACAAAUGGUAGCCAGCUGCAGACUACUGAGUGAGUAUGUAUAACAGUGUUAUGUAAGUAUGUGUGUGUGUGUGUGUGUAUGGUGUGCCUCCUCCCCACUCAGAGGAAAAAUAACCCUUCCUGCAAUAGGAUACUGAUGUGUCACGUGCAUGUGUGCUUGUGCAAAUUAUGGCACGUACACACAUACCAGUG